AUGCCACCCAAGUCUCAUAGCACCAGCCCCUCACUGACCCUCUGCAGGUGGUACCAACAUGCCCGCGACCUUUGGACACCUGGCCGGAGGAUACGACGCUCAGUAUUAUGGAUAUCUGUGGAGCGAGGUGUUUCUAUGGACAUGUUCUACGCCCGCUUCAAGAAGGAGGGCAUCAUGAACCCACAGGUGGGGCUGGAUUACCGCCGCUUCAUCCUGUCCCCUGGAGGCUGUCUGGACACCUCUGAGAUGCUGAGGAGGUUUUUGGGCCGAGAACCAAAACAAGAGGCUUUCCUCCUGAGUAAAGGCCUGACUGUGCCGGAGGCCACGCCCACUGCUUGCUGA